AUCGUCAUGGCCGACAAGAUGGAAGGCAUCGAGGUCGCCUCUGCUCCUGUCGACAACGCUCCUACCGCUGAGCAGCUCUCACAAUCCAUAAUCGCCAACUUUGCACUCCUUGACCAAGCCGUUGCCCGCUUCGAUGGACGCUUCACCCUCCGUGUACUCCGCUCAAUAUCGAGCAUGCGCAAGAGUCCCCAGCUCCUUGACGCCUUGUCGACUGCCGUGGCUUCGCUGUACGCCUCACACCAAGAUUCGCCCGAUAAGCACUUCCUGGAGUCUGCUCUUGAAAAGACUUCCUCUGCCCCUGCCAACGGCAAUCCCUCAAAGGACGGUGAUGUUCUCCCAGAAUCCUUCAUCUACCUGGCCGUCCUGAUCCAGGUCUACCUUUACGAUGCGCAAAAAUACUCGCACGGCGCCGAGUUCUCAUCUGCUCUGGUCGACAGAGUACGAGAGUACAACCGUCGCACACUGGACUCGCUCGCCGCAAAGUCCUACUUCUACUACCACCUCUUCCACGAACAGCUCGACCCCAAGCCGCCAUCCAAGCAAUCGCCCGUCAUUGCCACGAGAUCAAAGCUUCUGGCUGCUCUUCGUAGCGCAGUCCUGCGCAAGGACAACGACACCCAGUCCGCCGUUAUCGUCCUUCUCCUUCGCAACUACAUCUCCACCGCCGACAUUAACCAGGCCGACCUUUUGGUCAACCAGACCUCAUUUCCUCCGAACGCUCCUAAUAACCAGGUUUGCCGCUACCUCUACUACCUUGGACGCAUUCGUGCGAUUCAACUAUCAUACACUGCAGCUCAAGAGCACUUGACAAGUGCCACUCGCAAGUCUCCCACCAACAAUGUCGCAGCUGGCUUCUACCAAUCGGCCAUGAAACUCCUGAUAAUUGUCGAGCUUCUGAUGGGUGAUAUUCCGGAUAGAGCCAUCUUCAGACAGCCCUCGCUCGAGCGUGCUCUCUACCCCUACUUCCGUCUGGUUCAGGCUGUUCGUGUUGGUGACCUGCAAGGCUUCGUUCGCGUUGUCGAGGAGAAUGCAACUCAAUUCCGCCGCGAUGGUACCUACACUUUGAUCCUCCGCUUGCGUCAGAACGUCAUCAAGACUGGUGUUCGCAUGCUCUCUCUGUCAUACUCUCGCAUUUCGCUUCGCGACAUCUGUCUGCGCCUCGGUGUUGAGAGCGAGGAGUCUGCUGAGUACAUCGUUGCAAAGGCCAUCCGUGAUGGCGUCAUUGAGANNGCAACUCUGGACCACGAGCACGGUUUCAUGGAGUCCAAGCAGGCAGGAGACAUCUACGCGACAAGAGAGCCUGCUGAAGCUUUCCACGAGCGCAUCAAGGCUUGUCUGAGCAUUCACGACGAAUGUGUGAUGGCAAUGAGAUAUCCCAUGAACAAGCACAGACAAGAGCUGAAGAACGCCCAGGAAGCUCGCGAAAGGGAGCGUGAGCUUGCCAAGGAGAUCCAAGAUGGCGACAUGGACGAAGAUGACGCUGGCGAAUUUGAGGGUAUGUGA